AUGUGCGAUGCGCUCUCAUCAUCAGCGACUUUCCUCGGCGGAGACGUUGAGCUCGUCUUUGACUCUUUGGCGGCACUGACACUAUCAUGUACGAUCGCGCGGCCCUCACUAGCCACCGCGAUACAACUACUGGGCCGCGUCUCUGACCGGCCUGUGAUUCAAUAUCAUGACAGCAGCGGCACGGGCAGACAACAGGACCGAGGAUGUCUGGUCAAGAUCAAAAUGGGGCCGGAUGAUCUAGGCGGUCACCUGGAAAGACUCGUGGCCAAGUGUCUUGAGGACUACCAACGGGAGCUGGACAUGGACGUUAUGGCUGAAACGGUCACAGCUCAAUACCAGAUACCACACUCUAGGCCAACCCCUAAAGCAAGUAGCUCGUUGUCGGGAGAUUCCACCUCUUCGGCUUGGGACUAUAGCGAGAACUUUGAUUUCGAUGCUUUCAUGGCCCCUGGCCAGCACGACGACUUCCAGGGCCUAGACCAGGGCUCCUUCUGGGACACCAACCAGGAAGGUCUCUGGGACCCCAGCUACCUCGCUGACGAGAUGAACUGCCUCGAUGACAUGCCUGUCAUUGGACCGGAGUUCGACUUCAACCUCGACACUAGCCUACCGCUGCUGCCUGAAUGGUCACUACGCGUUCGGCGUUGA